UGAGGUUAAAUAGUCAGUUCUAAUAUAAAUAAAUAAAAAUAAAAAUCUGAUUAAAGUAAAUAACUGACGGUGCUGAAAAUUGAGUAUAUAAUGAACGUGCGAAUUCUACAGCGAUUGUUUGUGCCCAUAUAUUCAAAUUCAUUCAAAUAUUUCCUUAACCUAAAUGAAAGAGUUAUUACGGCGAACACUUAUAAUUUUACGGCAAUUCGAAAUUAUGCCAAAGGCAAGGACAAAGGAAAGGAUAAGAAAGGUAAAGGAGGCAAGGUGGACAUCAACCCGCUUAUGAUGUCAGAAUUAGUUGCUGUUGACAAGCUUAAAGACAGAUGUAAAGGAGCUAUUGAAAAUAUGAAAGAGGACUUUACGAAAAACCUGUCACUCCGUUCUACGACCGGUUCCAUAGAGUCUCUGCCAGUAAAGUUCGAUGGUAAAGAAUAUGAGCUUCAGGAAUUGGCGCAGAUAGUAAGGAAAAAUCCUAAAACUAUAGUAAUAAAUUUUGCUUCGUUUCCUCAAGCCAUCCCCGACGCUCUGAAAGCCAUACAAUCAUCCGGUUUGAAUUUGAAUCCUCAACAAGAUGGUACAACAUUGUUUGUGCCAGUGCCGAAAGUGACUAAAGAGCACCGGGAGCAACUAGCCAAGAAUGCCAAAGCUCUGUUCAUAGAAUGUAGAGAUGCCAUCAAAGAUGUCCAAAAUGACUUUAUUAAAAAAGCCAAAAAGCAGACAGGAGUCUCUGAAGAUCUAGUUUUUAAUGUUACUAAGCAGAUAGCGGCAUUGUGUGACACUUUCCAUCUUGAAGCUAAAGGUAUCUAUGAUGUCAAGGUGAAAGAGCUACUUGGUGAAAAGUGAAGUGGUUCAAAUAAAUUUUAAUAGCCAUAUGUUUAACAGUUAAAUAAAUGAAAUUAUAGCAUUUAUCCUUGUAAAUAAAUAAUGUUUCUAAGGUA